CCAUAUUGACCUAGAUCCGACGGCCGGCGCGCCUCUACGCCUACACGACCCUCCCUUUUCGGUCAGGCCGUGAUUCCUCCAGCCUUAACACCCCAAAACUCUCCUCACUCAGCACGCGGCGGCGGCGGCGGCGGCGGGGCGAGAUGAUCAAGAGGCGCUACUUCAGGCAAGACCACGGAGAUAGCGGCUCGUCGUCAUCCUCCUCCUCUUCAGGAUCGGACUCGGACCACGACCCCGCGGAAGAAGAGGUCGCUGAUGACGAAGUAGAAGAGGAAGAAGAUGAAGCGGCCACGGAAGAGUCGGGAGAGGAAGAGGAAGAGAAAGUGGAACGACAGGUCGAAGAUGAAGGUUUAGGAUACCAAAGUGAGGACAGUUCUGGCCAUGCUGUUGACGAACCUUCAGGUUUACUUUCAGAUGAUGAGAACAUCAUUGCGACACAUGAACAAUACCACAUGGGAAAUUUGCCUGUUAAGAAAGCUUCAAGUUGUAAUACUGAUUGUGCCAAAGAUGCUGCUAAGGAGGAUGAUGCUAUUGAGGUUGAUUUCAAUAACUACAUCCUGAAGUGCAAAUCUGUGUAUAAAUGCAAGCUUUGUCCUAGAAUCAUGUGCUUAAGUGAGGAGAUGGUCAGGGUACAUCUUGAAUCAAAGAGACAUGCUCGAUCUAAGAAGCUAUUGGGAGAAGGCAGGCUUAAGCUGAUGCUGAACAGUGAUGGUGAGCUGCAGGAAGAGGAAGAGACACAUGCUGAACGACAUGCUCGGACUAUAGCACUUGCUCAGCAAGUACAAAAACCUAAGAAGGAUUCAGGCAGGCAGCGACAAGAUCGAAGAAGGAAGAAGAAGAGGUCACAGAAUCAUCCUGAGCAGAAAGAAGAGAGCCAGAACUCUGAUAAGAAACGCAGAAGGUUGAAAGACAAGAACUCUGAAAAGAUAGGUGCAAGAGUGAAUGCAAGUGCAGAUAAGAAGAGACGCAAGACUACAAAAUGAAGUGGGCGCUGCAGAAACGCUUUUCGUGUAUUUGCUUUUUUCUUGUCCUUUUUUGGGCCUGUUGGCUGUUGCACCCUCAGCUGCUAUAUGUUUGCUAGCUUUUAGCAGGGAGGUAAUUGCUCUUAAUAUAUUUUUAUGCCUGCUUUACCUUCCAUUCCAUCUAAUAGAAAAUCCCUAUCUGGAUGAUUAUUUUUAUUUUCAAUUGCAAGGGGCUCGCAGUAGUUUGACCA